AUUUCGCUGGUUCCGCAUUUCGCUGCGGCGAGGUGGGGGUGUCGGGAGAGCUGGACGCAGCGGCUGGCACCAGUUCGCACCUGCUCGACCCGGUCUCGGAGCAGCGGCGGCCCGGGCUUCCGCUGUCCGCGGGCUGAGGACCGUCUGUUCCUUCUCGGUUCUCGCGCGGGCCCCGAAUCCCGGCCACAGCCGGGGCCUGUGGCCCCUCUGAGGACCGAAGAUGAGCUUCCUCUUCAGCAGCCGCUCUUCUAAAACAUUCAAACCAAAGAAGAAUAUCCCAGAAGGGUCUCAUCAGUAUGAACUCUUAAAACAUGCAGAAGCAACUCUAGGAAGUGGGAAUCUGAGACAAGCUGUUAUGUUGCCAGAGGGAGAGGACCUCAAUGAAUGGAUUGCCGUUAACACUGUGGAUUUCUUCAACCAGAUCAACAUGUUAUAUGGAACUAUUACAGAAUUCUGCACCGAAGCAAGCUGUCCAGUCAUGUCUGCAGGUCCACGAUAUGAGUAUCAUUGGGCAGAUGGUACUAAUAUUAAAAAGCCAAUCAAAUGUUCUGCUCCAAAAUACAUUGACUAUUUGAUGACUUGGGUUCAGGAUCAGCUUGAUGAUGAAACUCUUUUUCCUUCUAAGAUUGGUGUUCCAUUUCCCAAAAACUUUAUGUCUGUGGCAAAGACUAUUCUAAAGCGUCUCUUCAGGGUUUAUGCCCAUAUUUAUCAUCAGCACUUUGAUUCUGUGAUGCAGCUGCAAGAGGAGGCCCAUCUCAACACCUCCUUUAAGCACUUUAUUUUCUUUGUUCAGGAGUUCAAUCUGAUUGAUAGGCGUGAGUUGGCACCUCUUCAGGAAUUAAUUGAGAAGCUUGGAUCGAAAGACAGAUAAAUGUUUCUUCUGGAACACCAUUUCUCUCUUGCUUCAUCUACUGCUAGAGCUAUCUCUUUGCUAUAUGUUAUAGACUAGUAAUACAAACUUUAAGAAAACAGGAUAAAAAGGCACUGAUUGUCUGUGUCUACAGAUAAAAUUGUCCCAAAGGUAGUUGGCCUCAUGGCUACAGAGUGAGACCUUCAGGACAGGCCAACUCUGAGCCCCUGUGUGACCAGGCCUGUUAUCAUCCUGGAGGCUCUCUCGGUUGUGGUAUGUGAUGACUGACCUGGAGUUUAUUAGUGGACCUGUUAUAUUCUUUGCUGAAGAAAAUGAUUGAGUCUGUUUCAGAUGACAGUAUAAUGGAUAUUAAGAGUUUUCACCUAUAAUUUAUUCAAGUUUCCAAAACAGAUUUCUAGCAACACCCUUAGAUCACUUUUAUUCCACUUCUACUUUACAAAUAGAAAAGGCAUUUUUAAGUUUCCUUAACAUUUAGAACAUUUGUGUCAUUUUCGAUAACCUUUUAGUUUCAAGUUUGUAUGCUAGUGUUUUUAUAGAUAAGAAUAUAUAUGUGUAUAUUUUUAUAAAACCCAUUAUUGCAGUUUAAAUCAUCGUAUAACAUGGGAACAAUCAAAGUUACAUCUAAAGUGAUUUUUAUUUUUAAUCUUUAUUUGGGAUUUAUUAACAUAUAAACCUAUCUAAAUUGUUAGGUGCCUAUGUGUGUAUCAGAAAUAAUUUUUUUUUAAGGCUUCUAAGGAUGAUCCUGUAGAUUUCUAUUUUUAAAUGCUUCGUUCAUUUUGGAUUAAGAAAAAGGAAACUACCAGAAAAGUAUGACAAAUUUAGGUCUUAAAGCCACUGUUUUCAUUCAUGUUGCUUUUCAGAGGCCUUGGAACUCUGGGUAGAGGAAUGGAAGAAAGUACUCAGAGUACUUGAGUUACUUUUGUUUUGAAUUUCCUUUUUAAAAAAACACAGACUUUUAUAUGUUUUUAUUGUGACUUGAGACUUAGUUAAGAGUAAUGUAUAAAUGCACAAACUUUGUCCCAAUAAGGAUAACUUAAGGAAAACCACAAUGAAAACCAUGACGGUGUACACAUUUUAUAACACAGCUAAAGGUUGGAUGUGCUCUGUCUAUUCUUUAAUAUGUGUGUGUUUAAAGGAGACAAAAUGGGAGGAAUAAGAAAAAAAAAUCUUCAUUCUGUUAAUAUUAAAAGAAUGGAUUAGUUCCUUUGGGUGUUUUAUCCUGUUUUAAUAGUUUUUGUAUCAAAAUUUGAAUUUCUUUUAUAUCUGUUGGGAUAAGAAGAAUAUUCCCCUUUAGUGAAGAAAAUGUCAAUUUUUUCAUCUGGCUUUGAGGAUUUAGUAAACUCUCUGGCUGUUUAGAAUGUAUUACGCACAAUAAGUAUACUGGAAGAAUUGCCAAACUGGCACAGCUUAAAAUUCGUCAGCAUUCUGUUUUUGCAAAGUACUCACCAACCAUCUUGAUGGCUUUAAUAAAGGUUACAUUUGAUAGUA